AUGUGGCGGGAUAGAACCAACCUAUACAUCUCCUAUCGCCAGUCUUACUCCCACCACCCAGCUAAACGCCCUCGUUUCGGCCCCUCUGCGGGUGCAUUCUCCCCCGGCUUCCACACGGACGAAGAGCGUCGUGGCCUCAUCUCAUCUAAUGACGCCGAAGACACAUUCUCCAAUAAUGGAGACACAAUCAUUGAGAUGGAUUUACUCCCCCCACGGUGGGCCGAUGUUUCCGACGACGUCAACGAAAUUUUGGUGGACAUAGCACGCAAGUCUGCCAAGCUGGACAAGUUGCACCAAAAACACGUUCUGCCUGGAUUCGAUGACAAUCGGUCAGCGGAAGAGGGGGAAAUUGAAAGACUAACAACCGAAAUCACGAGCGCAUUUCACCAGUGUCAAAAUAAGAUACGCAAAGUGCAAAUCAUGGUGAAUAGUGCGGCCGGCGAGGUGUCUAGAGCAGAAGAGGCCAUGAGCAAGAAUAUUCAGAUAAAUCUAGCGACCAAGGUUCAAGAAGCAAGUACGUCAUUUAGAAAGAAGCAAUCGGCUUAUCUUAAAAAACUCCGCGGCCUCUCCGGGAUGACGACGCCGCUGGAUCGCGCUGGUUCACCAUCUCAACUUUACCAAGACUCGGAUCCUUCCGCAGAUAUCUCAUUCUCGCAGUCAGCGCUGCAGCAGUCGGCUACUCUGACCUCGAACGAUGCUGCUAUCAUGCAACGGGAGCGAGAGAUCACGGACAUUGCAAAAGGGAUUAUAGAACUCGCCGAUAUAUUUAAAGAAUUGCAGACCAUGGUAAUAGACCAAGGUACAUUACUUGACAGGAUAGACUACAAUGUCGAACAGAUGAGCGUACAUAUUAAAGCUGCAGACAAAGAAAUGACAGUGGCUUCUGGUUAUCAGCGCAGAACAACUAAACGAAAGGCAAUAUUACUUUUACUGCUCUUGGUAGUCGGCAUGAUUAUUCUUCUAGUCAUCAAGCCGAAAAAGCAUGCACCUCUCCCCCCUCCUGACCCGAACAUGCCUCGCCCGCCUCCAAUUCCUGUGAAAGACGAGCCCCCGGCAUACCGCCGAUUCGUUCCCGCAUUGGAGGAUAACCUAGCGAAGGCGAAGGGUAGACGUCGAGUGCGGGAACGUGCAAUGGUGGCAAUAAAAAUUGAACGUUGA